AUGAUCUCUUCACUCAUACAAAAACGCUUCAAGUCCAGAGGUAACACCUACCAGCCCUCGACUUUGAAAAGAAAACGCACCUUUGGUUUCUUGGCCCGCUUGAAGUCCAGAAACGGCAGAAAGAUCUUAGCCAGAAGAAAGGCCAAAGGCAGAUGGUAUUUAACUCAUUGA